AUCCAAUACUAGUGCAACUAUCCGUGUAUCUCUAGCAUAGAUAUCAUCUCUGCUUAGCUUAAUAAGGACCUGUAUUGCUAUCAAUAUGCCUACCAUCGCUGUCGACUUCGACGAUACGCUCGCUCUCACCAAUGACAAAAUAUGUCAUUGGCAUAAUGAAACCUAUGGGACAGAUCUUUCAAUAGAGGAAUACUACCAUUUCCAAUACUGGCGGGUGCGAGGAUGGGGUGAUAAGACCAUCACGCAAAAUAAAGUCAAAGAAUUCAACCAAUCUAGCGCAGUCCAAGCCAUCAAACCUAUUCGAGAAGCUGCUGAGGGGCUUCGGGCACUGAAGGAAGCUGGCCACAGAUUGGUCGUGGUGACUGCGCGCAUGGCUUCACAAGCAGAGUAUACCUGUCGCUGGCUCGAACGAACGUAUCCUGGUUUGUUUGCAGAAAUCAUCUUCACUUCGGCAUUCGUAUCAAGAGAUGCGCAUGCCGGCUCACACAACGCCGAAGACGAGCAGGAUAGGAAGGAAGUCGGCAUGUCUUCCAAGGACGAGCACACGAAGGAACCCACCAGUACGCCUCUCACGUUUCGUUCCAUUCCCAGACCCAAGAGUGAAGUGUGUAAGCUGAUCGAUGCGCACCUGCUCAUUGAUGAUUCCAUUGAGAAUGCCUAUGAAGUGUAUGCGAAUGCAAAGAUUCCAGUGGCGCUGUACGGCGACUGGCAAUGGAAUAAAAGAGAGCCUGAUGCCGAGGCAGCCGCAUCGCCACUGUCAUGGGAGCAGCGUCGCGCACUGGGCUUGAAAGACGAUGAAGCACCGCUUGCCAAUUUGCCCGACGGCGUGCAUCGAGCUCUGACCUGGAAAGACGUCGUAGAGAUUUCCCAGAAGGUUGUCAAGUAGCGAUCCUUAAAGGCUGAAUUGCCGCAUUUACCUUCUGAGAUACAGAUGCUUAUAACCAGCCAUAGCUGAAGUGCAGUAGGAGCA